AUGCACAACUCCCUCUGGGGCACCACAACCAUCUCCUACACAGGAUGUGCUGCACAGCUUUUUUUUUUCUUCUUUAUUUCAGCAGAAUUUUCCCUCCUGACCGUCAUGUGCUAUGACCACUACGAUGCCAUCUGCAAACCCCUGCACUACGGGACCCUCCUGGGCAGCAGAGCUUGUGCCCACAUGGCAGCAGCUGCCUGGGCCUCUGGGUUUCUCUAUUCUCUGCUGCACACAGCCAAUACAUUUUCCCUGCCCCUGUGCCAGGGCAAUGCCCUGGGCCAGUUCUUCUGUGAAAUCCCACACAUCCUCAAGCUCUCCUGCUCACACUCCAGCAUGAGGGAACUGAAACUUCUUGGGGUUAGUGCCUGUUUAGCAUUUGGUUGUUUCAUUUUCAUUGUUUUCUCCUAUGUUCAGAUCUUCAGAGCUGUGCUGAGGAUCCCCUCUGAGCAGGGACGGCACAAAGCCUUUUCGACGUGUCUCCCUCACCUGGCUGUGGUCUCUCUGUUUAUCAGCACUGCAGCAUUUAUCUAUCUGAAGCCCCCCUCCAUUUCCUCCCCAUCCCUGGAUCUGGCCCUGUCAGUUCUGUACUCGGUGGGGCCUCCAGCACUGAACCCCCUCAUCUACAGUCUGAGGAACCAGGAGCUCAGGAAUGCCAUAAAGAAAAUGAUGACUGGAUGCUUUUCAGGAACAAUAACCUGGUUCUUUUCUUCUGCAGAACAUGCACUGUGUAACCCUUCACUGGCCCAGCCUGCCUUCUAA